GUCCACGGCCCUUCUCCUUCUCCUUCUUCUUCUUCCUCUUCUUCCUCUUCCAUUCAAGCCGAUUGCACCUAAACAUCGACAACAAAGUAAGCUUUUCCUCACAGAUCACCAUCUCUUCCUCUCGCACACAAGACAUCUCACGUUUGUGGACAAUAAUAACAACAACACCCAGGAAGCAAGAGGAAAGCUGUCAUUGAAGCCAUUGGACUUCGUGGUCUGUGUUUGGUGGAGUUUCUUCUAUAUGUGCCACUGGGAGCAGCAGCAGCAGCAGCAUGGCAGAUGACAAGGACGUGUUGAGAGACGUUUGGUUCGGCCGGAUCCCCACCAGCUUCACUCUGAACCAGGAUGAGGUGACUGAGAGAGAGGCCGAGCCCUACUAUCUGCUGUUACCCAGGGUGAGCUACCUGACUCUGGUGACAGACAAGGUGAAGAAACACUUCCACAAAGUCAUGAGGACCGACGACGUGGAGGAGAUGUGGUUCGAGUAUGAAGGGACGCCGCUGAAAUGGCACUAUCCAAUUGGAGUUCUGUUUGACCUCCAUGCGUCCAACACUGUCUUACCCUGGAGCAUCACUGUGCACUUUAAGAAUUUUCCAGAUAGUGACCUGCUCCACUGCCCGUCCAACUCUAUUAUCGAGGCCCACUUCAUGUCCGGCAUCAAGGAGGCCGACGCACUCAAGCACAAGAGCCAAGUCGUCAACGACAUGCAGAAGAAAGACCACAAACAGCUGUGGAUGGGCCUGCAGAAUGAUAAGUUUGACCAGUUCUGGGCCAUAAACAGGAAGCUGAUGGAAUAUCCCACCGAUGAGGGAGGCUUCAGAUACAUCCCCUUCAGGAUAUACCAGACGAUGAGCGACAGGCCGUUCAUCCAGAAACUGUUCCGUCCCCUUUCACCUGAAGGCAACGUGCACACACUUGGCGACCUGCUGAAAGAGACGUACCCAGCGGCUUUACCAAACGACGGUGAGCAGAAGCGUAACCAGGUGGUGAUUCACGGUAUCGAACCGCUGCUGGAGACGCCUCUGCAGUGGCUCAGCGAACACCUCAGCCACCCCGACAACUUCCUGCACAUCUGCGUCAUUCCCGUCCCCUCUGACUGAGGCCACGCCUACCGCACCUCACUGUCACCGUGACGACCGACCAGCCGACCCGCCAGCCGGCUGGGUAACUCCGGAAGCGGUAGCGCUAAACGGUGGGAACUCUGAACUAACAGACUCUUUAACAAGAAGAGCAGAAUCUUAUUGAUGAAGAUGAACAAAAGGAUGUGAAGGAGGUAGUUAACAAACCUCCGGUUCCAUCUUGUUGUCUAUUUAUAUUUCUACUUCUCCUACCACCACCACCACUACUACCACAGUACUCCUCCUUUCCCCUCAGAAAACUUGUUUAUAGGACGAAAGGAUGAGAAGAUCUUCUCAUCCUCCUCUGGCUGAAUGAGCAGCUCCUCUUCGAACAAACAAACAUCUCCAUGGGAGGAGAGGAGGUGAACGGAUCCCUCGUUUUUCCAUCCUGCCAUACAUCUUUCCUCCUUGUCUAGUCCAAGAUAAAGACUGACCUGUCGACAGGGAGACACGAUUGUUUGGGAUUUGGGGAGAGGCGUAUCUAGUCCUGCUGAAGUUGCCUUAGUUGCCACGUACAUGCAUUUUCACCGCCAUCCUCGUCGUCCCUGCAGAAAACGUCUGGACACACACUGAGUUUACAUCACAGCCUGCAAACAUUUUAUAUUGUCAUCUCCAAAAACUCUCCAGGAACUUCUGGUGCUCUGUUUUUGACUUUUCUUACAGAAGAUUUCUUGUUGGUUAGGAUGAGCUGUUUUGGAGCUCUGAGGGCAGUGACCGACACGUUUGAUUUCCAAUGAUCCCAGCACACCAGAGGCUUGUACUACAAAGCAGGAUUUGCGGUUAGCGAGGUAACUUCAGGGUUAACUCUGGGUUUUCAGUCCUACGACGGUGGUUCACUUCUUACUGGGGUAGAUCGCCAUGGUAACUUAUGCUGAACACAUAACCUGCUCCGGAGCAGGUUAUGU